UUGAUGACUUGGACUGGUUUUUUGCGUAAGUCCAUAUCAAAUCUCCUCGCCCUCGCUGCCAUGUCCUGCCCUGGGAAGGACGCGGCGCCGCGGCGGCCGUUGCCGUUCCUGAAGAUGUACUACUGCUUGUGCUUGGGCUUCUCCUGCCUGCAAGCGGCGGCGGAGCAGCUCGACGGACAAGUCCGAGCCGAGCCCGUCCUGCGAAAGCGACAUGCCGAUCGAGGGCAGACAAUGCCUAGGCGCGGAGCCGGACGUGCGGCCGCUCAGAAGAAAGAAGCAACAUAUUGCUAUCCUCCUCAUUGGCUUUGGGCGCAGAGAGCAAGGCGGCGGCCGGCUGCGAGUUGCUGGAGACGAGCUAUCUUGACUGCCCACCAACUGCUCGACGAAAUGGCCAGGUUUAGGAGGAGGAAGAAGAUGAUGAGAUGGAUGCCAACUUGGACUGCCGAUGGCACGCUCCACGUUGUUUUGUUCUCCCCCUGCCGCCUCACGCCCAGAACGCACCGCCUGAGCCGUCGCCAGCCUCUGCCGCCGAUGUCCAGUCUACACUCCGUCGACCCCCCGCGUCCCUCGCGCGGUUGCUCUCCAGUCUCCAUCGCCAGCUAGUCCCCCCGGCCCGCCGCCUCGCCCUCAUCGUCGUCAUCGACCACCCUUACAGCGCCCAACUCAAGUUUUGCUUGGGUGCAUUUUCAUGCUUCUUCACCCAAUCGUGGAAUGCUGUGGAGAAGCCACUGGUUAUGCAAUUCAAAGCCAUUGAUGUGCUCAUUGUUGGCAGCAAGGUUUUACGGUGCUUCGAAGCCCAAUCUUUAUUUGUUGACAUCAAGUAUGGAGUUUACAACAUAUAGUUAUAUCAUUUUGUGAAGAACGAUCCUAUUGCUUUUUAGGAAGGACAUGUACAUAUACGGUUAUUAUUUUGUGACCAGAAUAUAUUCUCAUAUGUUUACUGAUCCAUACCUUAAAUUAACAUGAAAGGCCUACUGCAUUUGUUUUUAAGCUUCGAUGUUUCCCCUACCAUCAGUCUAUCACCAUCGACUAUAAGUAGCAUCUAUCUAUAUCUCUCUGAAUCUAUUUUUGUUAAAGAACUUGAUAUGUACAGGUGGACUGAUGUUUGCAACAAUAAAUGGCGACAUUGAGACUUGCUAAGGAUUUUUUUUUUUCAAUGCUUCCAGCUGGUAGAAAACUAAACUGACCGAGCAUUCGCAUGUAUCCUUAUUCCUUGCUUCCUUCUUUCCUGUAUAUUUUUUUUGAAGUGGACACUAGUGUUGGAAGUGAUAUUCCAAUAAGUGUUCUGUAGUAGUGUAUUAAUGCCACUCAU